CACAUUCACUGGAGAAAGCGGAUCAGGCGGUGCCCAAGGCAUGUAAAUUUAAAUCAUCUUAAAACAAAGAGCUCGCUGAAGCAUGCUGAAGCCGCGUUCCUCAAUUCUUGAGUCUUUCCAAGGUGAACCUUGAACAGAUGCUGGUGCUGACCGCUGGUGUACCAGAGAUCGCCUCGGGCAUCCUGUCUCAUUUAGAAAGCCAAUCUGAAGGGAAUAGGUGGUGGCAGCUCAUCGGCAACCAGGUGACCAAUCCCUCCUCGCUACUGCUUUGCAUGCCGCCGAAUGCAUCCGGCACAUCUGUUUACAAAUCAUGGCUUCAACAUACAACGGUGCCUGUGGUCUGUGGCACUCCUCCUGGAUGGGCGGACCGAUUGGAAGAGGGCUGCGUGGAGAACUGGUCAGAUCUGAUCCAGACUUUCUUCAAUGAACUGCAGCACUUCUUGCAGCAUCAUGGCUGGGGAGAAGUUCCGCUGGUGCUCUAUGGACAUUCCUUCGGCGCACUCAUUGUUGCGGCCCUGGCUGAGCGACUUGAAAGGGAAUGCAAAGAGGUGCAGCAUCUGGGCAUUGGAGCAUGGUGUGCUCCACAAAAGAGCUACAGAGAGCGGUACCCUGAACACAUGAAAGUAGACUUCGAGAAACUCAAGGAUCCCAAGGUGGACCUGCUUUUCGCAAAAGAAGAACUAAGACACUUUGAGUUUUUGCCCGAAGAAUUCUUCACGCACAGCGAUGGCGCGAUUCUGCAGACUGCACGUUGCGUUGCGGCAAGCCUCAAAAUGCUGCAACAAUCCUGGGCCUGUCCGAAGCUGACAUGUCCAAUAACCGCUUUCUGUGGCACUCAUGACCCAUUUGUGACCGAUAAAGACAUGCAGGGCUGGAACGGCAGCUCAGCACACUUCUGCUUGAGAACCAUAGAGGGCGGUCAUGCUUUUGUGCAUGCUAGGGGGAAAGAUAUUUGUCAAGAAAUUCUAGCGCAACAUGUACGCUAGGUGUUGCAUGUGUCAUUGCCACUUAAUUGAAACUGGAAACUGACAAACAUCUCUGAAUUGCAGACUGCUAUAUAUAGACUCCCACAAAAUUGU